UCCAGUGCUGCUAAAAUUUUGAAGACAGUUUACAUUGGAUACGGUGGUUGUCAGACUCAGAGACCCCAACCAUCCGCGAUGAGUGAGCAACUAAAAUUUAUUGUCCAGGAGCUGUCCAAGCCGCCUUUCAGUAAAUCCUACAAUUUGAUCAGCUUUGAUUCUCUUGAACCCAUCCAGCUGCUACAGAUUCUGACCGAUGUCCUUGCUGAAGUUGAUCCAAAGCAAAAAAUUGAUGUGCGUGAAGAGAGCGCUGACCAAACUGCCAUUCGAAUCUUCAGCAUCUUGAGGAUCCUCAAGUACAAGCCACCGACCGAUUCUUCAAACUUGAGUUUAUUCCGCCAAGGUCUGGUCACAGGCGAGAAGAUUGUUAUUUAUCCUAUCUUAGAAUGGCUCUUCCACCGGAUGGCCGAUCUAAAGAAGAGGGCCUAUCUGGCGCGCUAUCUUGUCAAGGUGGAGGUACCUCCAGACUUCCUGGCUGAUGAGGAAGUGCAGGGCUUAUAUGCACAGUACGAUGAAUUGGUGGAACAAUUCAAAGAGCUUCACAAGUCCCACGAGCAGCUCAAGCACAGUGGCUUCACCACCACCGAUAUCAGACGGGAUAUCUCCUCCAUGGAAGACGAGAAGGAACAACUUAAUAAACGAGUUGAGAGGUUACGUCGCAAGGUUGAAUCUCACCAAAAGAGUGGCCCAAUGCUAAAUGUUGCCCGCAGCCUUCGUUUGGAACGAGAUCGAGAAACGAGUCUGACCGCUCAGAAACAGGAACAGAAGAACACUAUCACCCACUUUGAUCAGCGGAUCAGCCGUCUGCAGAAUCAACUGAAGGAUGUCAGGGCGUCUGCUGUCGGGGCAACACCGGAAGGACUGCUACAGAGACUGGAAGAGGAGGUCAAAACAAAUAAUUACAUCGUCACUGAGCAGCUACCAAAACAGAUCUCCAAUCGUAAGAAGGCUGUGACUGAUCUGCAGAAAGUUGUCUCGGAGCCUGCGAUGGGGCAGAGUGACCUUGAUGUUCUCAUUGAGAAGAUUCGUCAAAUGAAUUCAGAGAUUAAUCAACUCAUCGAAAAGCGAAUGAUGAGCACCGAUCCGACCGAUGAUAAACUGUCGCUCUUCAGACAACAGGCUGCGAUUAUCACACGGAAGAAAGAGGGAGCUGCUGAGACACUUCAAGAAAUUCGUGAGGAUUUGGUGAAAUGUGAGCUGGAGUUUGAAGAGAAACGAUCUGUGUUGAAGGAGACCGACGGGGGCGAGGUCCUCAAGGGAGAUGAGUUCAAGCGCUACGUGAAUAAGCUACGCAGCAAGAGCACCAUCUAUAAGAAGAAGAGGCAGGAGAUCCACGAGCUGCGAGCGGAGCAUGGCGUCCUCUCAAGGACCGAGGAGAUCUUAAAACAGAGAGAUGAUCAUAUGAACAGACAUAUGUCUGCUCUAGAAACAAAGAAAGGUGUCUCUGGAUAUCGUGAGACACAGGACGAACUUGAAAAAGUGUCAAGCGUCAAGAGUGAGCUCGAUGAACUGAAGGGCAAGACUUUGGAUGAUAUCUCUGAGAUGGUCCAGCGGCUCCAUAUGAGGAUUGCGGACAAGAAGUCAUCAUUGGCACCAAUCAUCAAAGAGCUGAGACCCAUGAGACAGAAAGCUCAGGAACUUUCUGUGAAACACGAAGACAAGAAAGCACACUAUGACUCGACAGCAGCGGGUCUCGAGACAAACCGCUCCAAACUUGAACAGGAGGUGCGUGGAUAUCGGGAGGAAUGCAUGGCCGAGGAGUCACGACAUCAUUAUCUCAACUGCAUGAAGAAGAUUCUGGAGGUGCAGCACCAGAGGAUAUCAGACGAGAUGAAGGCCUAUGUAUCGUCGGAUCCUGCCGAAAGGAAGAAAUCUUUCAGAGAACUCUACACGAAGAAGAUUCAAGAGCAAGAAAACAUGGGCAAAGGUCUCCGCGAAAAACAGAAAGCCGUCCGAGAAAAUCACGGGCCGAGCAUGCGUCAAAUGAAAAUGUGGAAAGAUUUCGAACGUCUGAUGGAGAUGAAGCAGCAGUGUGCGAUGCAGCGUAACCAGGAUCAGAUGGGGAUGCAGGGAGGUGGGAACACAAUGGCAGCGAUGUAUGACGAUGGACCGCAACAGAUGGAGGGAGACGUGUUCGUCCUGUAAAUGACUUAUUUUGACCUGAACAAUUCAAUUCGUCCCUUUAAAAUUUCUUACUGUCGGAAAGACUAUCAGGGAGAUGCGGUUGGUUUGUUACAUCACAACUGAAGUGCAAAUCAUGCCUGGGACUGUAGAAGAGCUGGUUAGCCCUGCAAUUCAGUGAGGGGUCACCUUCAUGACCCUCAGUCAGGCCUUCAGGACUUUGCCAUUAACACUUAAGUCCUUUCUCAUAAAGAUGGGGUUAUGUACCAUGUUGAUUUUGCAUCGAAUUCACAGGUCCACAUUUUGAGACAGAAUAUGUCUCAUUUGAUAGAUAGACAUCAAGCACUUCUCCUUCCACCGUGUUAUACAUCUUGUAUGUCAAGUGUCUUCAUAUCAGAUAUCCGUCCGUUGUACAAGCUUUGCACAAUAUUGAACUAUCUUCAAACUUGUUUUUGAAAAACUGGAAAAACAUGUUUAGAUUUUGUAUGAUGUAAGCUUAUGUACUUAAUGUAUAUUGAAUAAAGUUUAUUUAG